UCUGAUAUAUCCAGAUAGACAAGUACUUAUAAAUCUAUCUUUCUCAAGUUAUGCAAACUAUCGCCGGUAAUUACGCAGUACACAUUAUUCUAUCCCGAGUGGUUUAACAGGCAGAUUGCACCUUAAACCAUACAGUGGCACUAUGGCAACAGGCGGCGACCGUCUUUUGGUUGCUGCUAUUGACUUCGGAACAACGUAUUCCGGGUGGGCAUUUUCAUUCAAGCAUGACUUCGACACGAAUCCAAGCAAGGUUUCAAUGAAAACAUGGACUGGAAAUCAACUGGUAUCUCUUAAAGCACCAACUUGCUUGUUAAUCAAACCGGACGGCAAAACCAUGUACUCGUUUGGUUUCGAUGCAGAGACGAAAUAUAGUGAGCUUAGUCAGACAAAAGAACACAAAAAGUGGUACUACUUCCGCAGAUUCAAAAUGAAUCUGUGGAAAAAGCCGUUACAUGGAGACACGAUGUUGGAUGACGAAACUGGUAAAAGCCUACGUGCCUUGACCGUGUUCUCGCUGUGCAUCAGGUACAUGGUUGAAGAUAUGACCGCUAUGUAUAAACAACAGGUUAGCGGCAUGGAUCCGAAAAACAUACAUUGGGUACUCACAGUUCCUGCAAUAUGGGAUGAUGCAGCCAAACAAUUUAUGAGACAUGCUGCUGAAGAGGCUGGAAUAUCCGGUUCAAAUUUAUCAAUUGCAUUAGAGCCCGAAGCUGCAUCUAUAUACUGCAGACAACUACCCGUACAUGUUGACGAACAAGGCAGGUUUUCGAGAUUUCAAACGGGCACCAAAUACGUGGUUCUAGAUGCUGGAGGUGGCACAAUCGACAUAACAGUACACGAAAUAUGCGACGGAGGACAUCUAAAAGAACUUUACAAAGCAACAGGCGGAGCGUGGGGUGGAACAGUGGUUGACAAUGCUUUUUUGGACUUUAUCGAAACGUUGAUAGGUAAGGACAUGCUAAUGCGGUUCAAGGAAGAGAACAUGGAAGACUUCAUAGACUUUCUUCGUGACUUCGAGCUAAAGAAGAGAGCAUCGGAAUCAACACGUAAAGAAAAUGUGACUAUCAAAAUACCGUUUGAUCUCAUAGAACUUGUAAACAGCAAAGUCAAGUCUUCGCCAUACAACAAACAGGUUACACUGGCAGGUGACAAGUUGCGUAUGGAUAUCAGCGUGUUUCGGUUAUUCUUCAAGGAAUCGAUUGAUAACAUCGUUAUGCAUGUAAAAGAUCUGCUGGGAAAUAGUGAGGCUUCUGGUGUGGAGGCUAUACUGAUGGUGGGGGGAUACUCUGAGUCACCAAUACUAAAGGAGACUAUUCAAAAGGAAUUUCCACGAAUGAACAUAAUAAUUCCGCCUGAACCAAGUCUUGCGAUCUUGACAGGCGCUGUUAUAUUUGGACACUGCCCGCAUUUAAUCGAACAAAGAGUGUCCAAGUUUAUAUAUGGUGUAAAACUCAAGCGGGAAUUUGUUAAAGGACGCGAUCCUAAAGAAAAACGUAUUAAAACAGACGCCGGCAUUCGUUGUGAUGACCAUUUUCAUAUUAUGGUGCAGUCUGGGGAACCGCUAUCUAUUGAUGAUUAUCAGUUCGAAGAGAGAUUCCCAAUAUCGUUCAUAUAUCAAAAAUUCGUGAAAGUUGAGCUAUAUACUACGACAAUCAAACACGUAAAAUUUGUCACAGAUAAAGGAUGUAAAAGGAUAGGUUCUGUGACUGUUCCGGUUUCUGGUAGAGGUAUUGAUCGACGGGUUAUUAUUCGACUUAAGUUUGGGGGCACCGAACUAAGACUUGAAUGCGAAGAAGAAGAUACGGGUCUUAUAACUAGCAAGUUCAUUGAUUCAUUUGAUUAACCCACUUUAUAUAUGAUAUUUUAAACUUUCUCAGUGAUAAACAUUACCAUAUGUGCUGCGGACAGGACUCUCAUUUGACAAACGAUUUAGAGAAAGAUUUCCAUUCACGUUGAAACGGACAAAGUUAUCGGAGUUAUGGGAAGACUAAUUCAGGUGAAUGUGCUUUUUGAAUAAAACAUUACUCAGACAAUGAGGUUGACGGUGUGUAAAUAACAGAAAUGGCAAAAACAAUAAAUAGUAAAUAUCUAA